AUGCCGCUGACGACGCCACCCAUGGAGAUCGACCUGGACGCUGUGCGCGCGGCGCGCGUGCUGGGGCGCGGCGCCAUGGGCACGGUGUUCCUCGUCGGGGACGGCGGCGGGGAGGCCUACGCGCUCAAGGUCUUCGACAAGCGCUCACCCGCGGCGUCGAGGCCGGCCGCGGCCGGGGACGCCGCGCGGCGCGCGCGGUGGGAGGUGUCCGUGCUGUCGCGCCUGGCGCACCCGCACCUGCCGUCCCUGCUCGGCUGCGCCGAGACGCCGGGCCUGCUGGCGUGGGCGCUGCCCUACUGCCCCGGCGGUGACCUCAACGAGCUCCGCCACGCGCAGCCCGACCGCGUGUUCUCGCCCGCGGCCAUCAGGUUCUACGUCGCCGAGGUGGUGUCCGCGAUCGCCGAGCUCCACGCUGCCGGGAUCGCGUACCGCGACCUCAAGCCCGAGAACGUGCUCCUGCGCGCCGACGGCCACGUCACGCUGACCGACUUUGACCUCUCGCGGCAGCUCCCGCCCAGGUCGCCCUCCGCGUCCACGUCCACCUCCUCGUCGUGCUCCGCGACGUCCUCGCCGCCGCCUCAGGCACCGAGCCACGGACGGGCCCAGUACCACCACCACCUGAAGCGCAUCUUCAAGAGGAGCGAGUCCGCGGUGACCGCGUCAACUUCCGGGCAGGAGGAAGAACCGCGCAACCUCGCCUGGUACCUCAACAGAAGCGUCGACGGCGGCGGCGAUCAGGUCAAGAAGGCCAAGUCGGCGAGGGUGUCGCCGAUGGACCGCGGCAAGAAGCUCGCAACCCUCUGCUCGGCCGCGGUGGGCGAGCGGUCCUUCUCGUUCGUGGGCACGGAGGAGUACGUGGCGCCGGAGGUGGUGCGCGGCGAUGGGCACGACUUCGCCGUCGACUGGUGGGCGCUCGGCGUCCUCGUCUACGAGAUGUCCCACGGGCGGACGCCGUUCAGAGGCCGUAACCGGAAGGAGACGUUCCGGAACGUGCUGCUCCGGGAGCCCGAGUUCUCAGCGGACGCGCGGCGGCGGUGGCCGGAGCUCACGGACCUCAUCACCAGGCUUCUGGAGAAGGAUCCCUCCAGGCGUCUGGGGUUUGCCGGAGGCGCCGACGAGGUCCGAGCGCAUCCGUUCUUCGCCGGGGUGGCGUGGGACCUGCUCGGAGAGGUGUCCCGGCCGCCUUACAUUCCCCCGCCGGCCGAUGACACUGCCGCCUGCGAGGGCUUCAGUGUGGUGGAGUACUUCGAUAAGCUUCACCAGCCUCCACCGUCGCCGGCGGAGCAUUCGCCAGAGGAAGAGCUUGCGCCGGAAUUCUGACAUCGGUUGUUUCCGCUCGAGCUUCGAGCUCCCUGUUUUCCCGUUUUGCACCCUAGAAGAUUGCUAUAUCAUGUAACGAGGGAUGUCAGUUAUAUGUGUA